UUUUGUCUGUAUGUUGGCGUCUCUCUUCUUCAUUUCACUCUCAGCAAGGUAACUUCCAGCAUUUUCCAAGACAUAUAUAUUAUAUUACCAUCAACAAUGAAAUGCUCUAAAUUUUUUGCCACUCGGAUAGGAAUAUGGAAACCCUCUUCGCCAUCUUCAUCUUUGCAGCAAUCCCACUUCUUAUCAUCUUCAUAUCUUUCUUGCACCUCAUGCUCAAGCUCUACACAGGCAAAGAUAUAAAGAACCCAAACUACGCACCAAUAGACGGCACAGUAUUUAGCCAGCUCUUUUACUUCAACAAUCUCUACGACCACCAAACUGAAGUGGCCAAAAAACAGAGGACUUUUCGGCUACUUGGUCCUGAGCAGAGCGAAUUGUACACCACUGACAUAGGAAACAUCGAGCAUGUGCUGAAAACCAAUUUCGACAAAUAUUCAAAAGGGAAGUAUAAUCAAGAAAUUAUGACUGAUCUUUUUGGUGAAGGUAUAUUCGCUGUAGAUGGAGAUAAGUGGAGGCAACAGAGGAAGCUUGCUAGUUUUGAGUUCUCCACCAGAGUUCUUAGGGAUUUUAGCUGUUCUGUUUUUAGAAGAAAUGGUGCUAAACUGGUCAAACUCAUAUCCGAGAUUGCGAUUGCUGAACGGGUUUUUGAUAUGCAAGAUAUUCUGAUGAGAUGCACCUUGGAUUCCAUAUUCAAAGUGGGAUUUGGAGUGGAAUUAAAUUGCUUGGAGGGUUCCAACAAAGAGGGAACUGCUUUUAUGAAGGCCUUCGAUGAGUCGAAUGCCAUGAUCUAUUGGCGCUUUGUGGAUCCAUUCUGGAAAAUCAAAAGGUUUUUCAACAUCGGAUGUGAGGCUUCCCUUAAGAAGAAUAUCAAAAUCAUUGAUGACUUUGUGAGCUAUCUUAUCCAUACCAGAAGGGAGCUGUUUGCAGAGCAACGAUGUCAGAAUGUCAAAGAGGAUAUACUAUCCAGGUUUUUGGUGGAGAGCGAGAAGGAUCGGGAGAAAAUGAAUGAUCGUUAUCUGAGAGAUAUUAUUCUGAAUUUUAUGAUUGCUGGUAAAGAUACUAGUGCAAAUACUCUCUCCUGGUUCUUCUACAUGCUUUGCAAGAACCCACUAGUCCAGGAAAAAGUCGCACAAGAAGUGAGAGAGAUCACAGGUGGUUGUCAAGAUGAUGAUAUUGAAGUUGACGAUUUCAUGGCAAAAAUAACUGAUGCAACACUGGAGCAAAUGCAUUAUCUUCAUGCGACAUUGACAGAGACCCUGAGGCUAUACCCUGCAGUUCCUGUGGAUGGGAGAUGUGCAGAAGUAGAUGAUGUUCUUCCUGAUGGGCAUAGGAUGAGAAAGAGCGAUGGAUUAAAUUACAUGGCCUAUGCCAUGGGGAGGAUGCCUUAUAUUUGGGGAGAGGAUGCUGAGGAUUUUCGGCCAGAAAGAUGGCUUAACAAUGGGAUUUUCCAACCUGAAUCGCCGUUUAAAUUCACAGCAUUUCAUGCUGGCCCUCGGAUAUGUUUGGGAAAAGACUUUGCUUAUCGACAGAUGAAGAUAGUGUCAAUGGCCCUCCUUCGAUUCUUCCGCUUUAAAUUGGCUGAUGACACCAGAAAAGUAACUUAUAAGACUAUGUUCACACUUCAUAUUGAUGGAGGUCUCCAUCUUCGUGCAAUACCGAUGACCUGCUCAUAAAUGUUGAAUAUACGCAAGCGAGUAGUCCCCAUCUUUCUGUAUUAAAAGAUACAUCUAUUACCAUACUUUCGGAUCCUAUUUACCUGCCAAAUUGUCUUUCUUUUUA